AUGUCCAAAGUCCAACUAUACGUGUACGAUCUCUCUCGAGGUUUGGCCAAGCAGAUGUCAUUGAUGUUGACGGGUAAGCAGAUUGAUGGGAUAUGGCACACAUCAGUGGUAGCAUGGGGCAGAGAGAUAUUCUACGGUCAAGGUAUCCUGACUUCCAAACCUGGAUCGACCCACCACGGCCCACCCUUACACAUUAUAGACGUAGGUGAAACUCACAUAGACGAAGAAACGUUCAAUGAGUAUCUACAGAGCUUGGGAGAGAUGUAUACGCCGAGUAAAUACCAUUUGAUCGAGUUUAACUGUAAUCACUUUACGGCGGAUGUGGUUGGGUUCUUGACUGGACAGGAGAUACCGAAAUGGAUUAGUGGGCUCCCUGCUGAAUUCCUCUCAACACCUUUCGGUCAAGCUAUGAAACCACAGAUCGACGCGAUGUUCACACAGACUACACCUGCCGAGCGUCCCAUUCCAGGUCCCUCGCCCAACCAACCGGGUGUCAAUCCUCAGCCUACCGCAUCACCACCUUCCUCUUCCGGCACAUCCACUCCUGCAUUAGCCUCGGCUCUACUUCAAUCAGUCGCUGCUCGUGCUCAUUCCCAACAAACAGCCAAUGGAACGACGCCGGCAAAUCCUACCCCGCCCAACCCUGAGACCUCACCUCUGACUUUAGUCUCCUCCGUCACGCACUUCCACUCGAUAUUGAAACAGCAUCCAGCAGUUAUCGUAAAUUUCACCAACACGCCUACUUGUCCUCCUUGUCGAACGAUCAAGCCGGUAUACGAAACGCUCUCGUCGAUCCAUUCGUCCACUUACGGUAUUAGAGGCGCACGAUUCGUUGAAGUUGAAUUAUCAAUUGGAGAAGGUAGACAGCUAGCUCAGGAAUAUGGUGUGCAUGCAACCCCGACAUUCAUCUUUUUCAAAGACGGAAAGAAAAAAGAUGAAAUGAAAGGUGCUAGUAAGAAAGAGCUUGAGGGUAAGGUAGAAGGGUUCCUGGAAGACUGUUUUCCUACUCAUAUACAUAGAAAGAUGUUUUUACCUUCCAUCGAAUCCCUACCUCACAACCCGAUUACCGCUAGUAAUACGCCCAACUAUACUGCGCUGGUAGGUAAAUUGGAAGGAUUCGUAAAUGGGAAAGGAAGAGAAGAUGAUUUGAAAUUGGUGAAAGAUAGGGUUAUACCGACGUUGGAGAAUAAAUCAACUUUGAGUGAUGCCGAUCUAAGAAAUUUAGUGAAUGACUGGAUAGAGUCUACGGAUAGAUUGCUAGAUACGCUGAAACCUGAGGAGACCUUCCCCGUAAUCGAUCUAUGGAGAGUCGGUUUGACGAAUAAUAGAAUAUCGGCUCUGUUAGCUGUGAACUUACGACCUUCCCCUUCUGCUACUCCCACUCUGUCCAACAAUCCCAUAUCGACUAUACUGUCGUUGACUGUUGAUACCCUCUCCUCUGUGGGUCCCACCAACACACCGAAACCAUUCCUACUCACUGUCCUAAGGUUAAUCACCAACCUCCUCGCUUUGGACCAAUUGGAUAAUCUCAUUUUAUCUCCUGAAGGACACGUGGAAAUUCAAGAGAAAGUAAUCAGCAUAUUGGUUGAGUCGCUCUUACAUCCCGAUCAGAGCGUUAGGUCCUCCGCAGCGGGUAUAGCUGUUAACGCAGGUGCGUGGAGGCAGAGGAAUAAAGGUGAUGAAUUGGCGGAUGUGGAUUGGGAGGUGGAGUUGGUCAGUGCGAUUGUUGAAGCGAUUGGAAGAGAAGAUGAUGAAGAUGUUUCACAUCGAUUAUUAGCUGCUCUAGCAAUGAUAAUCUAUCUGUCACCGAAAUAUGAGUCAGAUACGAAGUCGUUGUUAGAAGUGUUGGGUGCUAAAGAUACGAUUUAUAAGAAGAGUAGAGGAUGGAAGAAGAAGGAAGUCAAGAAAUUGGGUGAAGAGAUUGCUGGGAAAAUGUGUUAA